AUGGAGCUUCUGAGUGAUGUUGACCUCGUCGUUUGCGAGAAAAGCCCCGAAAUUGGCGCAGCGUGGUACGAAAACAGUCAAUUCUCCUGGGAUAAGAACCCCAUCUGGUCAAAGUUCUUCUCAGGCUCAAAAGCAAUCUGGCAGUAUUUCAAAGAUGCUGCUACGAAACACGACCUGGAGAAGCAUAUUAAAUUCCAUUGUGUUGUUAAGUCUGCACCCUGGAAUGAAGAACUUGAUAUAUGGAAGUUGAUUAUCAUUGACACCGAUAAGGACUGCUUCGAAGAUACUUGCCAUAUCCUUCUAAAAGCUUCAGGCAUUCAAAAUCAAGUUAGCUCGUGGACGUGGCCUUAUAUCCCUGGAUUUCAUGGCUUCAAAGGGAAACUUAUUCGCACUGCCAACUGGGAUGCGUCUUUUGACCUUGACGGGAAGACCGUUGCAGCGAUUGGAUCGGAGUGGUCUGGAGUUCAACUCAUUCCAGCAAUUCAACCUGAUCAACAUGCCGCUCAGAGUGUUACAAACGAACUCGUGAAGGCACAACUCGGCAACAAUGCCGCGUUGGCUGCGGAUUUUACUCCUUCAUUUGGGAUAGGGUGCCGCCGCCCAACUCCCGGUGACGGUUUCCUGGGAGCCUUAACCGCGGGCAACUUUCAAGUUACGCUUGAGUGGCUUGUCCGCUACGUAUGUCAGGUCAUUGAGAAAAUACAAACGGAAAACUUCAAAGCCGUGGAGCCCAAAGAGGAGGCGGUCAGGGAUCUCUACCACCAUACGCACGAGGUGAUGAAAAGACUUGUCUUUGGUUCAGUUUGCAGAAGCUGGUUCAAGGAUGGAAAGUCCCAUGGGCCUUUGACUGCGAUGUAUGCAGAUAGCCGUUUCCAUUACUACAAGGCUACAAAGAAUGUUAGAUGGGAGGGCUACGGGAUAACAUACUGGACCGAGAAUCGUUUCCGGCAUAUGGGCAACGGGCUUACAGAGACGCAUUUAAAGUCGGAGAAACUGGCGAAACCUCUUCCCUUGUUGGCACUAUGA